AUUGCAGGCAAUAGAAGUAUAAUGAUAAUAUAAAUAAAUUAUAUCAUUUGGGAAAGCUUGGCGGGCCGGAUUAAAAAGCUGAACGGGCCGCAUCCGGCCCCCGGGCCUUAGUUUGCCCAUGCCUGAUGUAGAACGACCUAUACAUAUGGUGUUCAAUUGAAAACUUAGUUAAUACUCAGGCAUUACUGUAUUGUGAAUGAACAGAGUGGAAAUAGGAAUUUGAAAGUCAAGCAUCUGUAUCGAUAUGAUUACAAACAAAUAAACAAUUGGAAAGUUUUUAAUUUGAAAGCACACAAAACGAGAGCCUACCUUAAGUUUGUAUUGAAGCAGUUGUAUUUUUAUUUUAUUUUUUUCUGUUUUUGUUAUUUAGUACUUUUUACACUCUUUUGCCUGGCCUUAGCUUCCUGAUGUUUACAUUUUAUAAGUUGACAAUAUACUUCUGCUCCACAGUGGGUCUUAAAGUAUCACGAUUUCAAUACUACUACUAUUACUACUACUGUAUGGCCUGUACACAUAGCAAAAUUGACUAUAAAGAGAUUUUAACUUAAACACUUUAUUUAUCAUGUUGCCAUUUGCUGUAUAUGUAACACAAACAAGUAGUAAGACAUUUCAGGGAUCCCCUCCGUGUUGCUGUAUUCAAGUUGUACGUGUUUUGAUACAAUGCACCAUAUAUUAUAAUAAUCAACUAUUGGCGAUCUUGCAGAGCUUAAUUGUUUCUAUUUAGCAGUAUGUCAAAUGAUAUACUGUAUGACGUUUUUGAUAACUUGUUGUCAAAUUAGUUCUCUCAAUUAGAAGCUAACGGUUAAAACAACUGAAACUGCCUGACAGUCUUAAAACCCCAAAUAUUGUAAGCAGGGCGGGAAGUGUCUGUAUGGGAGGAGCACACAGUCAGGAAAUGUGUGAAAAAAUGGUCAGUUAAGCUGUUCCCUCCUUGUUCUCACGAGUUUGAGGAUGUAGAGGCUGCUUUUAUACCUAAGACCUCGCCAUAUCACGUAUAUUGUCAUGAACUCCGCCAGGACGUUAAAGAUCUGAUCCUAAAGCUGCCUGGUUAUCUGUGGGGCACUGAAGUAUGAAAGGUGAAAAGUAGCUGAAGAUGCAGGGGGCCAUUGCACGAGUGUGUGUGGUGGUGGCUGCUGCCAUAUUGAAUCAUCCCUUGCUCUUUCCUCAAGAGAACACCACACUCCCAGAGCAGGAUGAGGAGCUGAUUGCUCGCAUGCGUGAGCAUGAGGAGAGGAUGGUAGAGGAGCAGGCCAGGCUGGAGAGAGAACUAUCAAAACAAGAGGAGACCAGUCCUGAGAAAGGGUACACGUGGAGCUUUUGGAGCACUGUUUCGUUCAUCGUCUUCCUUAUCGUCGAGAUGUGCAGGUUGGGACUAACUGAUGCAGAAAUCAGGACAUCUGAGGAGGAAGACUUGUUCUUACAGAGCGGCCAAAUUAGCCCCAGGGCUAUGGUACUGGAUAAGGAAGUUCUCAGCAACUUCUGUGAUAAAUGCAGCUACACGUUAGCCCAUGACAACUGGAAGGUCCGGGAGUUCGUUGAAGGUUUAACAGAUGACUUACUGGAUUCACUCAGAAUUGUAUGUAACAAGGAGACGGACAUGGAAGUAGGAGACUUUAUUGGCGUUGGGAGCAUGUUUGAGUCUUGGAAAGUUUGCAAGCCCCUCAUCUGUGAUGUUUUGGUGCCCAUUUUGCCUCCAUAUCCAUAUUCCUUCCAGUUCCACCUGUGGUGCAGCUCCAGCAGUGACAUACCCCCAAACCUGCAAGGCUGUGGAAAGAUAAAGGUAAUCAAGUUGGGGGAGAGUGAGGAGAGCUGUGCUUGUAGCUCUGCUAACCUCGGUGAGGACGUGCUCUGUCUGUUACACGGCAAGAACGAAACCAUGGAUAAUGGUCCUAAUGAGCUGUUGCAGGGUGUGACCAGGGACAAACCUUUCUUAACCAAAGAUAAAGUGAUGAAGUGGUUUCAGAUCUCUGUAACCAAAGCCUGGGGACGCAUCUCACACAAAUAUGAUUUUGAGGUCAGCUUUCGCAGCUUGGAUGCUGCAGGUGCUCUCAAGAUCCGAUUCCGCUCAGGGAAAGUCAUUGUUCUGAACAUUAUACCAGUGGUCCAGCUGGAGGACACAGACACUUAUUAUGUCUCACACUUUCCACUAGGUCUUCAGAGUUGUGAGGAUCCACACUGGUCCCUCUCCUUUGCUGUGUAUGAGAGGAAUUUGCUUCAACAUUUCUCCAAACGACUACCAAAAAAUUCCUGUCACUUUCACUGUCUUCAGAUAGUUACUUUCCUACACAGAAAGCAGACAGGCCUCACAGGGAAGAGUGGCCUCUCCAGCUACCACCUGAAGACUGCUGUGCUGCAUGUGUUGCUGAGUAAAAAGCCCUCAGCCUGGGUUGCAGAGAGUACAGACCAGAGGCUUCGGGACGUGCUCAGCUUCUUGCACGGCAGCCUGCAGGAGAAGAGGCUUUACCAUGCUCUGGUUGGGAAUAAAAAAGUGCCAGAGGAAGUCUGCGUGCCUCAGAUCUUUCGAAAAGCAGAGCCUAUUAAUCUGUUUAGACCUCUGGUGUUGGACAGAGCGCUUUAUGCAGCAACAGUCAGGCAUUUUCAGGAGAUGUUGAGAAAUGCACAUGUGCUUUUACAGGAGUACACGCCUUACUUAUCAAAUGGAGGAGUGCACCAAAGCCUAAACGACCAUUUGUGAAUGCUAAUAAUAUAGACAAACACAAAAUAAUUUCAGUUGCCUUCAGCAGUGCUUCACGCAAAAGUCACGCAUAAGCCGGUGUUGUAUUACAGCUGCUGAAUAUGAUUAAUGUAUGUUCCUGCUAAUACACUGCAAUUUUUUUGGCUUACCUUUUAUUAGGAGUUGUUCACAUAGUGACUUCUCAGAUGUCUUUCUUGACUCAUCCUGACCUGGGCUUGGGGAUUAGGUGAAAUCAAACCCAGAAAUUUGUGCAUGAAGUACGCACGCUCAUCUACCUCUUAAAUGUAGAGUUGUAUACAGUUAAGUAUUAUUCCUCAUUGACAAAACAAGGUUGUGGCUUUGAAAAGCUGCUGCGAUUCCUUUCUCAGCAUUUUGACUUCUGCAUCUAUUUACACUGGACGCAUCACUAGAGCAUCCUAGUUGCACAGCUGCAGCUUUUUCUUUGUUUCUACUGUACAUUGUCGUACGUAUUAAUAUAAGAUCUUAUGAUUGACCUUAUCAACCCCAUCUAUUGGGUUGUCGUGGUUCCUGAACCCCUGACCUAGAGAUAUUAAGAGAUGUUUAAACUGUUUCCUUACGAGUUCCACUUUGUUAAUUGGGAAAUUAAAUUUCUGAAAUCAACUACA